GUUUACCAACCUACACAACAGCUGGUACUGGCAGCUACAUAGCUUGACAUGAGAACAAGUCUUAGCGUUUUUUUUUUCUUCUAGCAACCAUCCGGCUGUGGCUAAAGUGACCCUUCAUCACCUGCGCUUGUUUGAGCUAAAGGUGAAGCCAAACAUGUGACACAGGUGCAGUAAAGUCACGGUAUGCAUGGGCUAAAAUCAAUCAAAAUCAGUCCAAAUACUUUGUCUUUAUCAUGUCAUGUAAGUCUUGUUGAACUUCAGAUGAGUUGGAGACAGAGAUUGUACAUGAAAAAAGAUUAAUAAUAUUUUAUAUUAUUUUAUAGGUUGUAGUCUACGUCAGUAUUAGUUUUUUUAUGAGAACCGAGUAUGAGUUCGGACACAAAGAUAGUUAUAGUAGGAUGCGGGAUAUCAGGUAUAGCAGCGGCACGCAGGCUCGUUAAAGCUGGGUUUCAAAAUGUGCGGAUACUGGAGGCGACUGCAAGAAGUGGAGGAAGAAUAAAGACUGGAAGAUUGGGUAAUAACACUACAGAGAUAGGUGCAAGUUAUAUCCAUGGCCCAUCAGAGGGGAACCCAGUGUUUUGUUUGGCUCGUGACUAUGGUCUCCUGGAUCCAGAGGCCCUCACCCCGGAGAACCAGGCCAUGGAUGUUGAUGAACGUCCUCCCUGGGUGCCCAACUGGUUCAGCAGUUCAGGUGAGAGGCUGAGUGCUGAACACGUGAAUCCUGCUCUGGAGUUGUUUUAUGAGCUUGUGGAUGAUACUUCACAAUUUAAGAAUCAAGAAGAAACACAGUGGGCCAGCAUAGGGCAUUUCUUACGAUCAGAGGCACGACAGCGAGCAGCAGAGAGAUGGAGAGAUAAGGAGGAAACCACCAGGGAGCUUCUGCUGUGUGCGAUCAGCACCAUGCUGAAGGUGGAGUGCUGUGCCAGUGCGACUCACAGCAUGGAUGAGAUAGACCUGGGGGGAUUUUGUAUGUACAAGAGUCUAAGUGGACUGGACUGCACAUUCCCAAGUGGCUAUGAAGGUCUGAUCAAAAAAUUGAUGUCAGAGCUCCCCGGUGGUUUAGUGACCUACAAUCAUCCUGUGCGCUGUGUCCACUGGAACAACACAGGCAGCGGAGUAAACACGGUGACGGUUGAGUGUGAUGACGGGGAGAGGAUCACUGCUGAUCAUGUUAUUGUCACAGUACCUCUAGGUUACCUUAAGAAGCACCAUUCAACCCUGUUCUGUCCUCCUCUCCCGGCACACAAGCUGCACUCCAUCCACAAACUAGGAUUUGGAACAUGCAACAAAAUAUAUGUAGAGUUUGAAUCACCGUGGUGGGAUGCCAACUGUGAGGUCAUCUACCUGCUGCGGAAAGACGAGGAGGACUUUUCGGACCAGGUGUCAGACAUAAGCAAAUCCUGGAUUAGGAAGAUGGCAACAUUCACUGUGCUCAAACCUUCUGAACGGUAUAGCUAUGUUCUCUGUGGCUGGAUUGCUGGACAUGAGGCAGAGUACAUGGAGACGCUUACUGAGCAGGAGGUCAGAGAGUCCAUCACGGAGCUCGUCCAUACAUUCACAGGAAACUCUACCAUCACACCGAAGAGAAUUGUCUGCUCCCAUUGGUUUCAUGACCCCUGGACAUGUGGAUCUUACAGUCACCCAGCAAUAGGAUGUUCAGCACAGGACAUAGAAAACAUAAUGGAACCUCUGCCUUCAAAGGGAUCACAGUCACAGGUGUUGUUUGCUGGAGAGGCUACUCAUCCCUACUACUACUCCACCGUCCAUGGAGCUUCCCUCAGCGGGUGGAGAGAAGCUGAUCGGCUCAUCUGUCACUACUCCUCCAUCAGUCCAUGUAUAUAAUCAGAUCAAAUUUUGUAAAAGACGACCACACUAGAUGCAUAAACCAUUUUUUUCCAAGUUAA